AAAAAAACACGAACCGGAAGUAUUGAUUAAGUUUCCGGCGUUGGCUCGUUGCUGUUGUGUCCAUGCUAGUAGAGUCGCUUAUUCUUCAUUCCGAUGGCAAACAGAACUGUUAAAGAUGCUAACAGUAUACACGGGACCAACCCGCAGUAUCUGGUGGAGAAAAUCAUCCGGACUCGAAUAUACGAGUCUAAAUACUGGAAGGAGGAGUGCUUCGGUCUGACCGCUGAGCUGGUGGUUGACAAAGCCAUGGAGUUGAAAUUUGUUGGUGGAGUUUUUGGAGGAAACAUCAAGCCCACUCCUUUCCUCUGCCUCACUCUGAAGAUGCUGCAGAUUCAGCCUGAAAAAGACAUCAUUGUUGAGUUCAUAAAAAAUGAAGAUUUCAAAUAUGUUCGUUUACUUGGAGCGAUGUACAUGAGGUUAACUGGCACUGCAGUGGAUUGCUACAAAUACUUGGAACCGCUGUACAACGAUUACAGAAAGGUCAAGAGUCAGAACAGAAACGGAGAGUUUGAGUUGAUGCACGUGGACGAAUUCAUUGACGAGCUUCUUCACGCCGAGAGAAUGUGUGACAUCAUUCUGCCUCGACUUCAGAAGAGACACGUCCUUGAGGAGGCUGAGAUGUUAGACCCACGUAUCAGCGCUCUGGAGGAAGAUCUGGACGAGGUGGAGAGCAGUGAAGAAGAAGAUGAGGAAGAAGAAAAGCCGGAGAGACUCCAGACCCCUGAGCCCCACAGACGUUGUGACGGUUACCGUGACAAUGACAGACCUCGUCGCUCUCCAUCACCUCGUUACAGGCGCAGUCGCUCACCCCGACGGAGGAGCAGAUCUCCAAAGAGGCGAAGCCCAUCGCCCCGGAGAGACCGCCAUCGCAGCAAGAGCCCCCGCUGACACCGCAGCAGGUCCAGAGAAAGACGUCACCGCUCCAAAUCCCCAGGUCACCACAGAAG